AUGACUUAUUUUGUAUUUUUUCUAGGAAUCUGCUUUGUUGUGGGUGUUUUAGGUGUAGCAUCGAAUCCUUCGCCGUACUAUGGGGUAGUUGGCUUAGUUUUAGCAUCUGUGGCUGGGUGUGGGUGGUUAUUGAGCCUCGGGGUUUCGUUUGUAGCCCUGGUGCUGUUUAUGGUGUAUUUGGGGGGCAUGUUGGUGGUAUUUGUCUACUCUGUAGCUCUGGCCGCGGAGCCUUUUCCGGAAGCUUGGGGGGAUUGACGUGUGGUUGGGCAUGCGGCGGCACUUGCGGCGGUGGUUUUAGGGGGGUUGGUAUUGGGCGGGUUUGUUGGGUCUUGGGGGUUAGGGGUUGUAACUGUUGAUAGUGUUGGAAUGUUUACUGUACGGCUGGAUUUUAGUGGGGUGGCUAUGCUUUAUUCGCGUGGGGUUGGGAUGUUUUUGGUUGCAGGUUGAGGGCUCUUGUUGACUUUAUUUGUUGUGUUGGAGCUUGUGCGGGGGUUGUCUCGGGGGGCUAUUCGGGCAGUUUAG